AGCAAACAAAAUGUUUAGUUAUUUCCUCAACCACACAGAAAGACAAGGUGAUGAGAAAGCCCCUCCCUCUAAGACUACUCAAAUCAGACACAAAACAAAUUUCCAAUUCCAUGGCGUCAGCAACAGCUCCACCAGCUCCAUUCACCUUUCUUACAAGGAACCAAACCAAUAAUGAGCACAGAACAGAUACCAGAUGGUUGACAACAAAACAAAGAAGACGCCGUGUUGGCUUACAAGUUUAUGCAAAAGAAGAAGGGGCUACUGGGCGACAACGUGCUCCUCCUGGUGUUGACACAAGAAUUCACUGGGAAAACGAAGAUGAAGGAUGGGUAGGAGAGAGUAAGUCACGGUCCACACAAGAACGAAUCAAAACAGACGAAAAGAAUCUCUUUGAUGAAAAAUUCUCAGACCUCCUCAACAGUUCAGCUAAUUCUCACUACCAGUUCUUGGGAGUAUCUGCAACAGCUGAUCUAGAGGAAAUUAAAGCUGCAUAUAGGAGGCUAUCAAAGGAGUAUCAUCCAGACACAACUAAUCUUCCUAUAAGAGCAGCAUCAGAGAAAUUUAUGAAACUAAGAGAAAUUUAUGAUGUCCUGAGUGAUGAGGAACAACGACGAUUCUAUGAUUGGACACUAGCUCAGGAGACAGCAAGUCGAGAAGCAGAGAAAAUGAAAAUGAGGCUGCAAGAUCCACGCAUGCUGGAAGUAGAAAACUGGGAAUCUGUUCCAGACAUGGUGGAUCGACUUGGUGGAAGGAACAUGGAGCUGAGUAAUCAGGCAAAAACUGCCCUCACAUUUGAUAUCUUGAUUAUCAUCUUUUCGUUUUGCUGCAUUAUAUAUGCAGUAGUCUUCAAGGAACAAUAUUAACAGGAACAACUAUGUGCAUUAUACAACAACAAUAUUCUAUACUGUCAAUACGCAGUUCAUACACUGCAAUGACAAUGGAUUGGGAAACAGAACGACUAGAGCUUUAGUCAUAAGUAUAACUAUAGUUUAUUUCUAUUGAGCUUACAAAUUUACACUA